ACCAGGAACAAAGUCCUGCAGAGUUGUUUUCCAAGAGCCACUAGAAGAUAGGUCAGGAUGUUUUUGAUAUUGUUUGGGUUGUUCCGUGUUUUGUGCCUGUUUGCUGUGUUUCAUGUGGCUUGUCUGCUGGACACCGGUAUGCUCUUCCCUCGGGAGUCCUCCUCCAGAGAGGUGAAAGAGCUGAACGGGCUGUGGGUCUUCAGGGCAGAUAAGUCCCCAAACAGGAACGAGGGCUUCGAGAGGGCAUGGUACAAAAGUCGACUGGCACAGUUUUACUUUCCCUAAGACCGGCCCCGUGAUUGACAUGCCAGUCCCUGCCAGCUACAAUGACAUCACACAGGAUGCCACUCUGAGAGAUUUCGUUGGCUGGGUGUGGUAUGAGAGAGAGGUGGUGGUGCCUGCCCGCUGGGUCACAGAUGAAGGAGUAAGAGUGGUUCUCAGAGUGGGAAGUGCUCACUAUUUUUCAGUGGUGUGGGUGAAUGGGUUGAAAGUAGCAGAACAUGAAGGUGGCCAUCUUCCUUUUGAGGCUGAGAUAGGCACUUUAAUUCGCAAGGACCCAACUACGCCAUGCAGGAUCACCAUAGCUGUCAACAACACUCUGACUCUGAACACUCUUCCGCCGGGAACCAUCCAGCACAUGGAUGACCACACCAGGUAUCCUGAUGGUUUUUUUGUGCAAAACAUCUACUUUGAUUUCUUCAACUAUGCUGGAAUACAUCGUCCUGUCCUGCUGUAUACAACCCCAAAGGCUUAUGUGGAUGACAUCACAGUGGUGACUGACUUCUUGGAUAACAUAGGUCUAGUCAGUUACAAAGUGUCAGUCCAAGGUGCUGCCACAGCCACUGUGAAGGUCACUUUGAUGGACAAAGAAGGACACUGUGUGGCCUCCUCCAGUGAGCCAUCUGGAGUGCUCAAAGUAGUGGAUGUCAAGCUGUGGUGGCCGUACUUGAUGCAUGAGAAUCCAGGUUAUCUUUACUCUAUGGAGGUUCGCUUAAUGGCUGCUGAUGAGAGAUCAACGUAUGAAGAUGUGUAUACGCUAACAGUUGGCAUCCGCACUGUUAGUGUUACCAGCACCCAGUUCCUCAUCAACAAGAAGCCCUUCUAUUUCCAUGGAGUCAAUAAACAUGAGGACUCAGAUAUUCGAGGUAAGGGUUUGGACUGGCCUCUGAUUGUCAAAGACUUUAACCUGUUGAAGUGGUUGGGGGCCAACUCGUUCCGCACCAGCCACUACCCUUAUGCUGAGGAGAUCUUGCAGAUGUGUGAUCGCCAUGGCAUCGUGGUGAUAGAUGAGUGCCCAGGGGUGGGCAUCAAAGACAUUCGUAGUUUUGGAAACGCCUCCCUCACCCAUCACUUGGUUGUCAUGGAUGAGCUUGUGCGCAGGGAUAAGAACCAUCCCUCUGUGGUCAUGUGGUCCGUAGCCAAUGAGCCUGCUGCAGAGAUGUCCCCUGCUGAAUUCUAUUUCAAGACAUUGAUCGAUCAUACUAAAGCUCUGGACCCUACCAGGCCUGUCACUUAUAUCACGGACAGUAACUAUGCCAGGGACAAAGGGGCUCCCUAUGUGGAUGUACUCUGUGUGAACAGUUACUUCUCCUGGUACCAUGAUCCGGGCCAUGUGGAGGUCAUCCCCAUCCAGCUCAACACUCAGUUUGAGGACUGGUAUGGAAAGUACCAGAAACCCAUCAUCCAGAGUGAAUAUGGAGCGGAUGCAGUUUCAGGGGUUCACACUGAUCCGCCCAUGAUGUUCAGUGAGGAGUACCAGAAGAUAGUCCUGAAAAACUACCACAAGGUGUUUGAUCAGAAGAGGAAGCAAUAUGUUAUUGGUGAACUCAUCUGGAACUUUGCCGACUUCAUGACCGCACAAGAGAUCACCCGUGUGGUGGGGAACAAGAAGGGUAUUUUCACCAGGCAAAGGCAGCCCAAAGCAGCAGCAUUCAUCCUGAAGGAGAGGUACUGGGGACUGGCAAAUGAAACAGGCAGGCUACCCCCUUGGACCAAGUACCCAUGCUCGCUCUGAUAUCUGGCACUGUUGGGGCACCCAGUUCAGGACAGGCCUUAUGGAAAAUAUCUGGUAAACUUUAGUCUAUCUUAUACAACCUCCUUUCCAAAAAAAAACUUAGGAUGCUGUGUAAAUUCAAACAGAAUGAAAUGUUUUGAAAUCCCCCUUUACCCCCAAAUCAUUUGGUAACAGUAUAAAGACAUAUCUGAUGUUAAAAUUAUUACAUUUUAUAUUUUUUUAGUUUAUGAGCUUAUUCUGAAUUUGAGACCAGCAACCAUUUAACUAAGGUUAAACUGGUUAACGGGCAACAGGUCAGUAUCAUGACUAGGUAUAAAAAAAGAGCAUCUCAGAAUAGGAUUGUAUUCAGAGGUUCCUAAUAUUCUGAUCCUUUCGUGUGUGUGUGUGUGUGUGUGUGUGUGUGGGGCUAAAGAAAAAAGGUCAGUUAAUAAAUAAAUAUAUACACUUUUUUCAUCUUCAAACAUUUUGUUUGAAGAUGAAACAAGUUGUUUAGAUUAAAUAUAGGUUCUAAAAAUUUUGCAGUUCAUUGCAUUUAGCUUUUAUUUACAUCAGAAUCAGCUUUAUUGGCCAGGUGUGAAGGACACACGAGGAAUUUGACUCUAGUA